ACUCAUGGGACUGCUCUUCGCCAGAACCAUGGCCUGGACCUCCAGCGGAAAGACGCACCCGGAGCUGGUCAACAACCUCUACAAAAAAGGGAUCAUUAAAUCCCAGCGAGUCUUUGAUGUGCUGCUGGCUACUGACAGAGGUCACUACAUCAAAUAUUUCCCAUACAUGGAUUCUCCUCAGUCUAUCGGAUACAAGGCUACAAUCAGUGCACCUCAUAUGCAUGCCCACGCGCUGGAACUGCUGAAGGAUCAGCUUGUGGAAGGUGCGAAAGCGCUGGAUGUCGGGUCUGGAAGCGGGUAUCUUACUGCUUGCUUUGCCAGGAUGAUGGGCCCAACAGGGAAAGCUGUGGGUGUAGAGCACAUUAAAGAGCUGGUACACGAAUCCAUCAGAAACGUCCAAGAAGAUGAUCCAACUUUGCUCAGCUCUGGCCGUGUAAAGCUUGUGGUUGGAGACGGCAGGCAGGGAUACCCCGAAGAGGCUCCUUACGAUGCCAUUCAUGUUGGAGCAGCAGCAGCAACUGUACCGAAGGAGUUGCUGAAUGAACUGAAGCCCGGAGGUCGGUUGAUACUGCCUGUUGGUCCCGAAGGCGCAAACCAAGUUCUGAUGCAGUACGACAAAACCAGCGACGGGCAGAUCGUCGAAACGCAGCUGAUGGGCGUGAUCUAUGUUCCUCUGACAGAUAAGGAAAAGCAGUGGCCUCGGUAAAAAUUUGCUCUCCCUUGAGAAACGCUUCUUCCUCUCAGCUGUCCCUGUGAGCUUGCUCUUCUUGGCUGCCGGCUUUACUGACAGAGUCCUGGAUUCCUCGCAGAUGCUGCUUGUCAAAAAAGGAGAAGAAAGAGGCUUGGCUGUGGUAUGGCACAGCAGGAAAGUGGGAUGCAUUUUCUAUAAGGCAGGGGUUGCAGACUGAGGACUUAAG